GUGCAAGUAUGAAUGGGAGGGGCUGUGGAAAGCCAAUCCACUAAUGGUGGCUUCAAUCUGUGUAAGAGAACAAUGCCUUUCCCAACGAUCAAUGGAGUCCUUUCUUGAAUGCCUCUAUGGAGGUGGGGCUCAUGACACUCUGGCAAGGCAUUACAGUGGUCAAUACAUCUGACACUGAAGAACCUGUAUCUACAUUCUGUGAGGGUGCAUGAUGUCUACAUCACAGGUGUCAGCAGUGGAUAGAGAAAAUUCUGCAGCUCAUUUGGGAACCCAUGAAAAACAUCACCUUCUUGGACCUCAGAAAAAAUUGGGAGAGCAUCAAGCCAGAGGCACACCAGUUCCAAAACAUUUUGAAGGAAGCUCCACAAGUCUUCAGAAGAGUCACCGGUCCUUUGGAGAAAUAAGCAACACUCUUGACCGGGGGAGUGAGGGCAGCCGCAGUGAUGUCUAUAAGAAAAUGCCAUACCAGCCUUCAGCAUUGUCACCAUCUUCUGAAGAACCAGAGCUUGUCCAAACCUUGCCAAGAAGAAGAGAAGAUCAUUCAGACAUCUUUCCACCUUCACUCUUAAUGUCCCAUGAUCAGCUGGCAAACUUCACCUACUUUUGGAAAUCAUGCCAGAAGCCAGAUCUGCACAGUUCACAGAUCUCCUCCUCUCCACCUCGAGACCUGACAAUAUUGCCCAUUAUUCAUGAUGCUGAGAAGGUGAUUCUUGAGCCUGUGCCAGAGGAUUUGUUUCAUCUGCCUCCUCCAUGGGAAUAAUUCGAUUGUGUUCAAUAUUUUAGACUUAAUCAGCAAUCAGAAAUUGGUGCAGAAAACUACCAAAUAUUCUUGGUACUGAGAUUAUUUUUUUACUGCUAAUACUCUGUGAAAAAAUCUUACAAUGUAACCUCUCAGGUGUUCACAAUAUUGAUAAAAAGUUAAUACAGGUCUGUAGUUCAUAUAAAGCAUUGAAACUUCCUUGCAGAGUAGAUAAAUCUUUUGUUUCAUAUUAGAACCUUUUUCUUAGAGGAUUACAAGUAUAUGAAUCCAACAAUACUGUGCUUCAACCAUCCUGUCAUUUUUAUUGGCAGUAGAAGCUGGAAGAAUUCAUUACUGAUUAUCAAGAUCAGAAACUGAAAUUUUCCUUUUCCAUAAAGCUUAAUGCAGGCCAAAGAUUUUUGAUAAGUUAAAUUGUCUAAUGUGCCUAAGUGUUCAAGGGACCAAACUCCUCAGACGAUUCACUAUGUUAGGUUGAGACACUUUCACUGUUGAAUUAGUGCUGUUAAGUUGCAUUGCAUUUAAGAUGAAAUGCAGUGCACUAUAUUUCGGAUCAUUACAUUUAUUUUGCUAUGAAACAUGAAGAUAUUUUCAAAUAUAUGUAUUAGGUGUGUGUGUGUGUGUGUGUGAAUAUUCAUAUGACCAUGUUUAAGUUUUCUGUCAUAAUAAAGAAAUCAUAAUUCC